UCGUUCAUUUCAUUCAAUAAUUGACGCUCGCUGGUGCGCUGUUGUUAUUCAAGAAUUAAAAUAAAAUCCGUGUAAAAAGCAAUAAUUAAGAAUAAUACGAGUUAUACAAUUUAAAACAAAUAAAAUUGACGAACGGCUAAUUUUGUGAUCAUGGAAGGCAAAACCACGAAAAUGCCCAAGGUGGCAAAGGUAAAAAAUAAAGCGCCUGCAGAGAUCCAAAUUACAGCUGAACAGCUGCUUAGAGAGGCAAAAGAAAGAGAUCUUGAGAUAUUACCGCCUCCUCCGAAACAGAAGAUUUCUGAUCCUGAAGAACUGCGAGACUACCAACACAGGAAAAGGAAAGCUUUUGAAGAUAAUAUCCGGAAGAAUCGAUUGGUAAUCGGAAACUGGCUCAAGUAUGCUCAGUGGGAGGAGUCACAGAAACAGAUCCAAAGAGCCCGCUCCAUAUAUGAGCGCGCAUUGGAUGUUGACCACAGAAAUGUUACCCUAUGGCUGAAGUACACUGAAAUGGAAAUGCGUAAUCGCCAAGUAAACCAUGCUAGGAACCUGUGGGACCGAGCUGUCACCAUACUGCCCAGGGUGUCUCAAUUCUGGUACAAAUACACUUACAUGGAAGAAAUGUUGGAGAACAUUGCAGGAGCUAGACAGGUUUUCGAAAGAUGGAUGGAAUGGCAACCAGAUGAGCAAGCCUGGCAAACUUAUAUCAAUUUUGAACUAAGGUACAAGGAAUUAGACAGAGCUCGCCAAAUCUAUGAAAGAUUUGUCAUGGUCCACCCGGAUGUGAAACAUUGGAUUAAAUAUGCCAAGUUUGAAGAAAACCAUGGUUUUAUUAAUGGAGCCAGGAAGGUUUAUGAAAGAGCUAUAGAAUUCUUUGGAGAUGAAGAACUUGAUGAAAGAUUGUUUAUUGCAUUUGCAAAAUUUGAAGAGAAUCAGAAAGAGCAUGACCGUGCUAGAGUCAUAUACAAGUAUGCUCUAGACCAUAUCCCUAAAGACAGAAAUAAAGAGUUAUACAAAGCAUAUACUAUCCAUGAGAAGAAAUAUGGGGACCGGUCAGGAAUAGAAGAUGUUAUUGUUAAUAAGAGAAAGUAUAUGUAUGAACAAGAAGUAAUAGAGAACCCCACAAACUAUGACGCAUGGUUUGAUUACAUAAGGCUUGUAGAAAAUGAAGGCAAUGUUGAUGACAUAAGGGAUACAUAUGAAAGAGCAAUUGCCAAUGUACCUCCUUCCAAGGAUAAACAAUUUUGGAGGCGUUACAUUUAUUUAUGGAUUAAUUAUGCUCUUUAUGAGGAGCUGGAAGCAGAAGAUAUUGAUCGCACAAGACAGGUUUAUAGAACUUGUUUAGAGUUAAUCCCUCACAAAAUAUUUACAUUUUCAAAAAUAUGGCUAAUGUAUGCCCAGUUUGAAGUAAGAUGCAAAGAUUUGAAACAAGCAAGAAAAAGUUUAGGGUUGGCUUUAGGAAUGUGUCCCAGAGACAAGCUGUAUAGAGGAUACAUUGAUCUAGAGAUUCAACUGAGAGAAUUUGACAGAUGCAGAAUCCUUUACCAGAAGUUCUUGGAAUAUGGUCCUGAAAACUGCAUAACAUGGAUUAAGUUUGCUGAAUUGGAAACAUUGUUAGGGGACAUAGACAGAGCCAGAGCAAUUUAUGAAAUAGCAGUUGGUCAACCCAGGCUAGACAUGCCAGAACUGUUGUGGAAAAGUUAUAUAGACUUUGAAGUAUCACAGGGAGAAACAGAAAAAGCAAGACAACUAUAUGAAAGAUUGUUAGAAAGAACUGUUCAUGUAAAAGUUUGGCUAUCAUAUGCAAAGUUUGAGUUAAAUGCUGAAAAUCCUGACAAUAUUAAUGUUGAAUUAGCAAGGAGAGUUUAUGAACGGGCUAAUGAUAGCUUGAGAAGUGCUGGAGAAAAGGAAUCUCGAGUACUUCUUCUAGAAGCCUGGAAAGAUUAUGAAACUGAAAUUGGUGAUGACAUUAAACUUGAAAAAGUUUUGGGUAAAAUGCCUAGAAGAGUCAAGAAACGGCAAAAGAUUGUCAGUGAAGGAGGUGUGGAAGAGGGAUGGGAAGAAGUGUUUGAUUAUAUAUUCCCUGAAGAUGAAAUGGUUAGGCCCAACUUGAAACUACUUGCAGCUGCUAAGCAAUGGAGAAAACAAAAAGAAGUUAUAGAGGUGCCUACAGAGGAUAAGGACCAAGAGCAAAACCCUGAGCAACCAGAAAAAGUAACUGAACAGGAACCUGAAACCACACAACCAAGUCCUGAUAGUGACAGUGAUAGUAAUUGAAUAGGGAUAAUAUAAAUGAUGAAUAAAUAUUUUUAUUU